AUGGCAUCGUCGAGUGAUCGAAAUACGAUCCCUGUCUUCAAUGGCGAAGAUUAUGCCUCAUGGAAGAAUCAACAGAUGACAGCAAAGGAGAUUGAGAGCACCAGGAUUAUGAAUGCUAAGGCUUUGUCAAGACUUCAAAAUGGGGCCAAGGAGGCAUGGGACACUCUGGCAAAAGAUUUUGAAGAAGACAGUCGCACGGUGGUCAUCAAGCUACAGAACUUGAGGCGAGAGUUUGAAAAUCUACAUAUGUUAGAGGCAGAAGUUGUGAAGACUUUCUACGAUAGAGUUGUAUAUGUGGUAAAUCAAAUGCAAACGUUGGGGGAGGAGGUCACAGACCAGAAAGUUGUUCAGAAGAUUCUCAUUAGUUUACCUGAGAGUGGGUCUCUAGAAGCCCAUAAGCAGAGGAGGGAGAGACGAGGAUAUCAAAAUCAGUCUGUUGAAUCAGCUUUUCAGGCAAAGCUGAAUUUCAAGGAGGAAUCAAAAAGGGGAAAGCAAUCUCAAUGGAAAGGUACUGAAAAAGGUACUAGUUCCAGUAGUACUGUCCAAGAUAAAAAUGUCUCUGGUAGUGGUAAAAUGUGUGAUAUUUGUAAGAGAGUGGGCCAUAUAGCAGAUGAUUGCUGGCACAAAGGCAAGCCACAAUUCCACCAUUGCAAAAGGUUUGGUCAUAUUCAGAAAUAUUGUCGUUUUAAAACAGAAAACAAGGCAAAUCUUGCUAAAUUUAGUUCUAGUGCAGAAGAAAAUCUAUUCUAUGCUACACAGUCUACUUUGUCUAUUAAAAAUAAUGUCUGGUACCUUGACUGUGGUUGCAGUAACCACAUGUCUGGUAAUGAAGCUCUGUUUGACUAUUUCAAUCAUGGUGUGUCAACUAUGAUUAGACUGGGAAAUGGUGAAGCUGUAAGCUCUAAGAGAAAAGGGAGAGUAAAAAUACAAACUAUUGAGGGAGUAAAGUUUAUUAAUGAUGUUUUGUAUGUUCCUGCAUUGAGUAGUAAUUUGUUGAGUGUGGGAUAA